AUGGAGGGUGUUAAAAGUUUUCUUAAGGCUGCCGAAGCUAAUCGGGUGAAUAAAGGAAGCAGGAUGAUUUAUUGUCCUUGUCAAGUUUGUAAUAAUUUUAUGAGCUUUAAUGAUAUCACAGACAUAGAGUUUCAUUUGGUGAAAAAUGGUUUUAUGCCUAAAUACACUUGUUGGUCAAUGCAUGGAAAGUCACUACUUGAUCAUAGCACGUCGUCGAUCAACUCACACAUUAAUGAUAACAGAGAGAACAACGAUACAGACCUAGAUGCCGAUAAUGACCAUUCAAAUUCAAAUGAACCCGAUAGCAAUUUAAAUGAAAUGUUACAUGAUAUGGAGACUAAUAUUAGUGAUGAUGAGCAAGAAAAUUUACAACACCUAAUUGAAGAAGCAGAAAAACCAUUAUAUGUCGGUUGUAAAAAAUUUAAUAAGCUUGAUGUUGUGUUGAAGUUGUUUAACGUAAAGUCGAAAAGCGGAUGGAGUGAUAAAAGUUUCACAAAUCUAUUAGUGCUUUUGCAUGACAUGCUUCCGGAAGGCAAUGAAAAGGAGUUUGAGGAUCUACAUGAAUGUCUUAUAUGCCAUGCAUCAAGGUAUAAACGUAAAAAAGAAUCAGAUGAAGAUGCAUAUGACAAUGAUGUGACAAAAAAUGGACCACCGGCUAAAAUGUUGUGGUAUCUCCCCAUUAUACCGGGACUCAAAAGAUUAUUUUCAAACGAAAAAGAAGCAAAAUUAUUACGUUGGCAUUCAGAUGAGCGUGUAACUGAUGGUAAACAAAGACAUGUGGCAGAUUCCCCACAGUGGAUGAACAUUGAUGACAUGUAUCCAGAAUUUGGAAAAGAGAUUAGAAAUAUACGGUUUGGGCUUAGUUCAGACGGGAUCAAUCCUUUUGGGAACAGGAGCAGUUGCCAUAGUACGUGGCCGGUUCUUUUAUGCAUCUACAAUCUUCCACCGUGGUUAUGCAUGAAACGAAAGUACAUUAUGAUGUCAUUGUUAAUUCAGGGUCCAACACAGCCCGGCAAUGAUAUUGAUGUGUAUUUGUCUCCUUUGAUUGACGACUUGAAAACUCUAUGGAGUUCAGGUGUCGAUGUGUAUGAUGCUUAUAUGAAAGAACGCUUUCAGUUACGGGCCAUGAUUUUUUGCACUAUAAGUGAUUUUCCAGCAUACGGUAAUUUGUCAGGAUACAGUACAAAGGGUAAGAAAGCUUGCCCUGUUUGUGAAGAGGAGACAAGUUCAAUAUGGUUAAAAAAUUGCAAAAAAACGGUAUACAUGGGACAUCGAAGAUUCCUUCCAGCUGGUCACAUUUUCCGGAAAAAAACGACUGAGUUUAAUGGAAGCACCGAGCUCGGAUCGGUGAGGAAACGAUUUGAUGCAUUUUCACGAGUCGAAAAAUUAACUACUGUGUUGGGAAAAAGAACUCGUGUUAACAAAAGAGCCAUUGAUAAAAAAGCCGGUAAAAGAGCCAUUAUCAGAAAAGCCGAUAAAAAAGCAAUUGAUACAAAAGCGAUCUGGAAAAAAAAAGUCAAUUUUUUGGGUUUUGCCUUACUGGAAGCAUUUAGAUGCUUAUUGUUAGACAUUCAUGGAAAAACUAAAGAUGGGCUUAAUGUUCGCAGAGACAUGGAGAAAAUGGGAAUACGUAAGGAGCUUGCCCCCGUUGAAAGAGACAACCGUUUAUAUCUGCCACCUGCUUGUUAUACUAUGUCAAAGGCAGAAAAAGAAAAAUUUCGUAAAUGUUUACAUGAUAUCAAGGUUCCAUCAACUUACUCGGCAAACAUUAAAAGGUUGGUGUCGAUGAAAGACCGUAAAUUGCUUGGAAUGAAGUCUCAUGAUUGUCAUGUUUUGAUGACACAUAUGAUUCCCAUCGUUAUUCGUGGACUGUUACCAGAUAACAUCCGACAUACAAUCACAAAGCUUUGUUUGUUUUUUAACAACAUCAACUCAAAGGUUAUUGAUUCGGAAACUUUGGAUGAAUGGCAAAAGGACAUUAUCGUUACCCUUUGUGAACUAGAGAUGUACUUUCCACCGUCAUUUUUUGAUAUAAUGGUUCACCUAAUAUGUCAUAUCGUACAAGAGAUUAAGGCUUGUGGUCCUGUAUUCCUACGGUACAUGUACCCUUUUGAAAGAUAUAUGGGUUUCUUAAAAGGUUAUGUAAGAAACACAAAUCGACCUGAGGGUAGUAUUGUCAAAGGAUAUACUUGUGAAGAGGUGACUGAGUUCUGCCAAGGUUAUUUGGAAGGUGCCGAAAGUGUUGGUGUCCCUAAAAGUCGUCAUUCGGGUCGACUUGAUGGUAAAGGAGUAGUUGGUAUGAAAACAUACAAGCCAAAUCAUGAUAAUUUACAACUAGCACAUUUAGUGGUCCUAAAACACAUGACGUGUCUUUCUCCAUAUGUUGAUGAACACUUGAACACAUUACGGUCUACAUACCCGGGUAAGGAACAAAUGUGGUAUGUAACGAAGCAUAACAAAGAGUUUUCGAGGUGGAUGAAAAGUAAGGUAAUGGGAGCUGAUAUUGACAAAACGGUGAAAAGGUUAGCACAGGGCCCAAACUUUAUAGUUAAAUCUUACCAAGGGUAUGACAUUAACGGUUAUACAUUCUACACCAAAGAUCAAGAUCUAAAAAGUACAAUGCAGAAUAGUGGAGUUACAAUAAUAGCAUCAGCCACCGAAUUCGAUAGAGUGGAUCAUAAUAUAAUGAGACAAAUCGCCAACAAUUCUUAUUACGGUGUUAUACAAGAAAUUUGGGAAUUGGACUACUAUGAUUUCAUUAUUCCUGUGUUCAAAUGUAAGUGGGUGAAUAACCGUACAAGUGUUAGAGUUGAUAAAUAUGGUUUUACACUUGUUGACCUUACAAGUAAUGGCUAUGCAUCUGAGCCAUUCGUUCUUGCUAGACAUGUUACACAAGUGUUCUAUGUCAAUGACCCGAGCAAACCAACACACCACAUCGUAUUACAAGGUAAACGGCGGAUUCUUGGGGUUGAUAACGUCGUUGACGAGGAAGAAUAUGACCAUUUUGAUGAUCUACCACCAUUUUCUGUCGGUAUCGAACCGGGUAACUACGAUAACAUUAAUGGCACCCCAUACUUACGAACUGACCACACCGAUGGGAUAUAUGUUGAUUAA